AUGAAAGAAAAAGUUAGGUUUCUUUGUUUUGGGGAAAAACACUUUUCUGGAAACAAGAAGACCUUUAAUAUAUUGGUUGAUGCUCUUUGUAAGGAAGGAAAUCUGAAAGAAGCUAAGAAACUGUUAGCCGUGAUGAUGAGAGAAGGUGUAACACCUAAUGUUGUUACUUACAAUUCAUUAAUCGAUGGGUAUUUCCUAGUUAGUGAAGUGAACAAGGCCAUAAAUAUAUUUUAUACUCUGGCUCGAAUAGGAGUGGCACUUGAUGUUCAUUCUUAUAAUAUAAUGAUCAAUGGAUUGUGUAAGAAUAAAAUGGUGGAUGAGACCAUCAAUCUCUUCAAAGAAAUGAGUUGCAACAAUAUUAUUCCUAAUCUGAUGACUUACAAUCCCCUUAUUGACGGCUUCUGCAAAUCAGGGAGAAUCUCCUAUGCUUGGGGGCUUGUUCUUGAGAUGCAAGAGAAUGGUCAACCAGCCGAUAUAUUCACUUACAAUUCUUUAAUACAUGCUCUAUGCAAAAACAAUCAUGUUGACAAAGCUAUUGCAUUAGUUAAGAAAAUUAAAGACCAGGGCAUUCAACCAGAUAUGUGCACGUACAAUGUACUUCUAGAUGGACUAUGCAAAGGAGGACAACUUAAGAACGCACGAGAUGUUUUUGAGGAUCUUUUGAUUAAGGGUUAUAGUCUAGAUAUCCAAACGUAUACUAUUAUGAUCAAUGGACUUUGUAGAGAGGGCUUGUUUGAUGAAGUAGAGGCCUUGUUCUCCAAAAUGGAAUGCAGUGGUAUCAUUCCUGAUGCUAUAACUUAUGAAACUAUUAUCCGUGCUCUCUUUUCUAAAAAUGAGAAUGAAAAGGCAGAGAAACUUCUUCGUGAAAUGAUUACUAGAGGUCUACUUGAAAAGUAACUCUAGAAGUCCUGUAUCUUGGCAAAAUGGGUUGUUCACAAGUCUGCAUAUUACUAG